AUCUAAAUUUUGACGAACAUAAGAGAACCAUACAAAAAAACCUUUGAUUCUCCAAAAAAAAAAAAACCAAAAGCUCUCUCCUUUGCUUUGAUUUUUGCCGACAUUCAAUCGUAACAUUACAUUACCAUAUUUGAUUCAAGUUGUCUCUCUCUCUCUUUUUUUUCUCUUCUCUCUAAAACCAGUCGGUUAGCGGUUGAAAAUUGAAAAAGCUUCGAUCUUUGAGCCAUUUCUAAACAGUUUUGAUAUCACAUUGACCAUUGAAGAAAAGGGUAGUAGUAUAAGUGCUUAGUUUUUGGUUUUCCGGCGUACCCAGAUGGAGAAAGAGCCGUUAUUGCCAUACGUGAGGAGGUGGCCGCCGCCGCCACCGCUGCUUCCCCAGCUAUGCACUCUCCCUGAAAACGACGAAAUCUCUCUCCCAUUAACGCCUUCUGAGCUCAAGGACCAUCUCAUCUUCGGUCCACCUUCUUCGCCUCAAGAAUCUUCCCCCAUAGUCGAUGCUUUAACCCUUUCCCUCAACUCAUCCAGAGCCUCUCCUUCUUCUUCCACCACCACAAGUGUCUCUCUCGACCCAACUAGCCCAAGGGAUAGCUCGUUGUUGUUUCAGUCCUCACCCACGUGGCUUCUUGACCCAAAUUACCCAUCUUGGAACAAAACCAAUCUUCAUCGAUCCAGAACCGCACCAGCCAUGGCUGUCAUAAACGACACCAAUCACCCUGUCAGUUCCAAGCCCCAGUUCGGGACAUCGAUUGUCAAGCAAGGUUUCGUUCUUCUCUUGGUGUAUUUAUCAUUUGGGGUUCUGAUAUAUUCUUUGAAUAGGCAUAAUUUUGUGGCUAAUGAGACUCACCCUGUUGUGGACGCUUUGUACUUUUGUAUUGUCACAAUGUGUACCAUUGGUUAUGGUGAUAUCACCCCUAAUAGUGCUGCCACCAAGCUUUUCUCUGUGCUGUUUGUGUUAGUUGGGUUUGGUUUUGUUGAUAUCUUGCUUAGUGGGAUGGUUAGCUAUGUGCUUGAUUUGCAAGAGAGUCAUUUGCUUAGCAGUGUUAAAGGUGUUGGGGAGAAGAAGAAAGAGAAUGCUAGAUCGUAUAUAAUUGAUUUCAAGAAAGGGAGAAUGAGGAUUAGAAUGAAGGUGGCUUUGGCAUUAGGUGUUGUGGUUCUUUGUAUUGGAUUAGGAGUUGGGGUUAUGCAUUUUGUGGAGAGACUAGGGUGGUUGGACUCCUUUUAUCUUUCGGUUAUGUCAGUUACUACUGUUGGGUAUGGAGACCGGGCAUUCAAAUCUAUGACUGGCCGGAUUUUCGCUUCGGUUUGGCUGCUUGUGUCGACGCUCGCUGUUGCUCGAGCUUUUCUGUAUUUGGCUGAGGCAAGAGUGGACAAACGGCAUAGGAAGAUGGCAAAGUGGAUACUUGGUCAGGACAUGACUAUCUCUGAGUUUCUUGCUGCUGAUAUUGACAACAAUGGUUUUGUUAGUGUGCUUAUUUCUUUUCUGAAAAAAGAGAUAGAGGCUUUUGUCUUAACUGACCUCCUCUCAGGUAAACAACCCUUACUUUUGGCGGAGGAAAAACGUGGUAACAAUCAAAACAACCACAAAAACAAAAACAAACCCAACAACAAAACACAACAACUACUCUAGGAAGUCUAAAAAGGAUAACCCAUCAAAACUUUUAGGGAGUGUUUGGUAUGGGAUAAAGUGGAGUUGAGAAUGAAAAUCUAAAAUACUUUACAUGUUUGGUUCAAAUUUUUAAGGGCUAAAGUUAAUAGUUUUUGUGGGCCUCACAUGUAUUUUAAGUAUAAAGUGAAUCAUUUUAUAAUAUUAUCUUUAUCUUAAGCCCCUCUACACUUUUUAAAGUCAUUCAACUACUCAAAACAAACACCCCUUUAGUGCGAUACCUCACCCCCUUCGUCUCCUCCGACAAACUUCUGCGGCACAUCACCUUCUUCGACUAGAUUGGGACAAGACUAUGCAAUCUUCCUAACCCAUACACUCACAACACCACCGAUGGGAUGAUUAUUCUUCUCUCUCAACUUGAAUAAUCUUAAAGUAAUAAAAUUUUCAUCGUAGGGCAGAGUGAUGGAAGCAGGAAUAAAGCCUUUAGAAUCUCCAAACAACCUCAAACGAGCAGAAGACACAUUUUUCAUCUCUAAAAUCUGUUUGUCCACAUCCAUCAACCCUCUGCUCAAAGCCCCUAUAACCUUAAACACAUGAAUAUUCCAAAUAUUCAAAGGAAUACCAUCAACCCCGAUCCAAUUAUGAUAACGACUAAUUUUCUUAUCAUCCGACUGUGUACUCCAACUCCAAGGGACAAAAAAUAUCCUAGUAGCGUCCCGAAUAAACACCACUCCUCUAGAAAUCAAAUCUUUUUGCACAGCAUCAGUAGGACACCAAAGAAUAGCUAUAUCAUGAAACAUUAGAGACAUCUCGACAUUUACUCCUAAUUCCCUUUGUAUGCCUACCAGAAUAACUUUCCAAGAAGAUUGGCUAUCACUCCGUAGCAUCACGACAGCAUGACCCUUCUUACACGAUAACCCAUGGCUAACAUGUUUCGUAUGACUAUUAUUGCCCUCACCCUUCCCUAUUACCACAUAGACCCAAGCCUUCUUGGAGACCCUGGUAUCUAGAGAGGUUCUCUUCUUUGAUUCCCUGUCAUGUCUGCCAACAAUCCCAAUUAGAAAAUUGUUCAACUCCUUCCAACUUGACUCUCAUCCCUCAUCUAGUAUAAUAACACUUCUUACAAUGUUAUUUUUCAGCGUGGAAACUUCGAGGAAGGCGCCUCUGAUAUUCCUAAAACAUUCGAUGAACACAUUCAAAUUGUUGUUUCUGAAAGAACGCUUAAAGCCCUUCUUUUUCUCAUCCUUCAAAGACAACAAACUCGAGAUAUCUUCAAUCAACCACCUUGCACCACCCUCUAAGGUCAGCAUAAUCUCAUACCCUGAUAACCUGGUUCUUUCACACAAACGAACAACCCCUCCAUCAUUAGAAAGAGUCAACAUGAACACCUUAUGUUCUGUUUUGAAACUCCAAUAGCCUUUGAAACCAUUACUAGAAUUAUCAAUAACGUAACCACCAUUUCGUCCGAUUCCAAUGGGGAAAGGGAGUUUUUCCUUCCCAUAACCAGUGGGGUUAUAAAAAUCUCUCUUACUUGCCCUCCCAUGACCAUAGGGGCCAUGGGAAUCUAUUAGACAAAUGAAUUGAAUAUGAAUCACUAUUCCCCCCACCCACACACAACAAAUUUAAAUUGUUUAAUGCUCUUAUUUACUUUUAAAUAAGUUAUAGUGUGCGUAGCAAUUUUGAGUCCUCCUAGGUACCUACAUAGCAAUUAAUAUAGUUUUCUGGUCCCAAAUAUUAUCGUGCUAGACAGGGAGCCUAGUUAUUUUUUUCUUAAAAAAAGAAAUUAUUAUCACCCGGUUGGAGUACUAGGUCCUUAAUGUUUAUAUCUUCUCUUCAUAAUAAAUUCUCAUGGUUUUAUAUAUAUAUAUAUAUAUAUAUAUUGCUCAUGGUAUUAUAUUAUUUCAAAUUCUAAAUAUUACCUUGAAUAAAUUGUUUAGUAACGUUUAUCUUAAGACUUUGAAUAGUUCAUAAAUGAUGCUUAUGUUGACAAACUUGUGAAUCUGUUUAUUUCACUUGAAGUUGGGAGAUUUCUCUGCUUUUAUCUAGGUUUGAAGUGCAGGAUUGAAUUAUCUUUCACUGCUUUCUUUUCCAACACAAUACUUUAGUGCUCCACUGGUUUUUUUUCCCUGUAAUGUUGUUAGAACAGAUUAACAUAUUAUUAUGUUUGAAAUAUCGAUUUCGGUCUACGUGGGAGGAAUCAACAUUAUCAAAUGGAUGCAUGACCACAUGCUAUUCAAAUCGGUUAGCUUGUAUCAGGAGCGAAAUGCUCAAGUACUUUACUGUGUAAUUGGAUGCACGUUAGUCAGAUUGACCAGCUUGAAGAAAGUGAGUAAUUAUGCACAUUCUCUAGCUCUGAAAAGGGAUAGCUUAAAUUGUCAGUCAUGUAGUUUGCUCCAUAAAGUUUGAGGUUUGAGUCUAGUACUUAAAUAGCAUUAUAGGGUUAGACGAGGAUCCCAAUUUAAAAGAAAUAGUGGUGGAAGAGAGAUUAGUAAAAUUUACCUAUAAUCCAAGAUUAGUUACCUUGAGCUUCUGAUGUUGCAAUCACUUCUAUAGGGAAUUAUUAUUUGGGCUUGAAUUGAGUUCUGGAUGGAGUAUCAAGUGCAGUAAACCUUACUAGACAAUUCUCUAGGACACCUGCAACUCUAUUUGGUUUUCUUUUCUUCGAAAAGCCUUAGUACUUAAAACACAGAGAUCAAUAGUGCUGCUUCACUUUGAUACAAUGUCUAAGUACAGGGACAAGCGAGCAAACGAACUGGUGAAAGCUAAGCAAGAUAUGCAACACGACCGUGUGAAAAAGACUUUUUUCCUGUUCUCCCCAAAAAUUUUGAGCUACAACUUGUUCACUUUUUAGUCUUUAUUUACUUUAUUCAUUUCUCUUCAACUCUUAAUGAUUGAGUACUGUUUUGAUUUCAGCAAGACUCCCUGUGGACGUGCUAAUCUGAAUUGUCUGUAUUUUUUUUAUAUGAACUCUGGCAAGUUCUGGAAGUUCUUUUGAUUCUUAAUCUCGAGCCUAAUUCGUGAUUUUGUUUCAUCUUAUCCUUUUAAUUGAAACUUAUCAUAUCAUAACGUUAUACUAAAGUGCUAUCGUAUGAUUCAUGAAUUGAAGUUGCUUAUAGAGAUCUAAUCAUGCCAUACACAUUUCCAGUUUGCCUUAUCAUGCUGGCUUUUGUA